AGCAUCGCCUGGGGAUAGAGAGACCGCCACGCCAACAGCAUCUUUAGGAGGAAAAAUGAAAGGUGAAUGAAUCUACAUUUGUCUGGUGGCUCCUUGACUGCGAAGACCAAGAAAUAUGGCGGUGGAUAAAACUCGUGUUAACAGGUGGGUGAGCCUGUGCUUGCUGAUGGUACUUGGCAUCUUCGGCCUCGUGCUUCUCCUACAGCUGGCAGCCAAGGUGUUCGGGCCGUCAAAAUCUUCGUGUACAAAACAAGUCUGCUUGUCCAAGUUCCUCCAAGGGCCUCCUGCCUUCAACGACGAAGCACUGGCCUCCCACCUCAGGAGUAACUACUUCACUCCUUCAGCUGCCGUGGACUACAACUUGUCUGGUAUUGUGGGUUAUAAGAAGUACCAUAAUGACGUGCUCGACUUCGUGAAGGAAUGGUUCAAAGACAAGCGAAACGGCGUAUUCGUAGACCUCGGCGCCGGUGAUGGGGAGUACCGCUCCUUCACUCUCCCCCUCGAGAAGGACCUCGGCUGGACCGGACUCCUGGUGGAACCGAAUCCUGAGCAGUACAAGAAGCUGUUGAAGAAAGGAAGGAAGGCCGUUAGUACGAGAGCGUGCGUGUCGCCCUUUGCGUAUCCGUCUAAGAUGCCAAUGUCGUAUCCGAAAGGCAAUCCGCAGGACGAGGAGGCGGCGAUUCAGCAGCUGGGGAGGACGAAGCUGCAUCAGCUGUGGCAGGAGGAAGACCUCGAGCUGGAGAAGUUCGAAGUGCAGUGCAUCCCCCUCGAGAAUCUCGUCUACGCGGCGGGCAUCACCUCCGCGAUCGACCUCCUGGUGCUUGACAUGGCUGGCACUGACCUCGACCUCCUGCUCAACACGAAGCUCGAGAUGGUGCCUGAUAUGGAGAUGAUUAUUAUCAACGCCAACGGAGCCGACAUAGGGUCAGACGUCGGGGGCUACUUCCUCGAGCGGAAUAUGGUCAUCAAGAAAAUUCGCGGUACCAGCCAGACCGAAGUCACGUACAUUCUGGCCAAAUUCGACGCGCGAAGAGAUCUCUAGAAAAUUGUUUGUGGGCGUGGUCGGGGCUCCGUUUGUAGGCGUGGUCGUGGUUUCGUUUGAAGGCGUGGGUGUGGCUUCGUUGUAAGUGAGGCAUUAUUGUUAUUAUUACUAUUAUUAUUAUCAUUGCUAUUAGCAUUAUUAUCAUUAUUAUAUCAUUAUUAUAUUAUUAUUAUUAUUAUUAUUAUUAUUAUUAUUAU